AUGACCUUGAAUGAAAAAAAUCACAAUAAUUCAAAAAAGAAUUGGAAAGUGAACAUUCAGUGUUUUUUGGGCAAAAUCUUUAUUCUAACAAAUGUUCAAAAUGAUUUCCAUUUACUUCAAGGCAUCUUCUAUGAGAAUCUACCAGGAGAAUUCUUCAAGGAAAACCAGCAGCAGGAUUUCUUCAUAGAUCAGCAUAAUGAUCACAUGCGCAAAGUAAAAUCUCGACCUACAACACACUAUGGGAAAAAGAAGCUGUUCAUCUUCAAGAACUUGUUAACCUCCACGCACGUCUUCGUACGAGUCGAAGCCAACAAAAAAUCACUCGACCCACCUUAUGAAGAGCCAUACGAAGUAAGAACAAGGGCCCCAAAAUACUUCACCAUCAAAAUAAAAGAAAAGGAACAUAACAUAGCCAUCGACAGGCUAAAACCGGUGUACGUCGAGCAAACGACGGAAGAACAUAUCAACGAGUCCAAUCGUCAUCUCACUCUAACGUAG